AUGGUGCUGGAUAUGGGAGCUGAUGCCAAAGAUGCCAGCGAUGGCGCGGACGACAACUUGGACGAGCGCCAAGACGUCGUGACUCAGUCUGACGAGGACGCAGCGAUUGCAGCAAGACAAUUCACCAUGGCGGGUGUGGUAAGUACCAAGCAGCGACGUCUUGUAGACGACACGGUGGAUGCGACGGAGAUGCCGUCGUAUGGUAGCAACACCCCAAAGGAGCAGCUUUGUCUCGAGUACAUUGCAGGUUUCCAGCGACAAUUCGAACGCAUGUUCCCUACGCGACGAUCGCUGUAUCUACAUCCGCCCAACGAGAAAGGGGUGCCAAAGUUUGUCUGUACUACGAUUCGACCGACGUUGCUACCGUAUCGUGAUCUGUAUGACUGCCACACAUUAGCUCGCUUCUUGGCGGGUAUUGUCGAGUACGAACCCUUGGCAAACCCGACGAUCCCACCGGUGUGUCUCCCGUCACCGUCAUUUACACUGAAGUGGAGGUCUGGAGACAGCUUUGACUUGGCCACACUGCUCGUAUCGUUCUUAAUAGGAGCAGGAUACGAUGCAUACGUCGUGAAUGGUAUUGCGCCUAAGUGGUUAUGUCUACUGGAUCAAAGUAAAGCCCCGUUACCGGUUCUGCCUGUCGAGGAAGCAUUGAACAAAGCUCAUGAACGCGAAAUGGCCAUCGAUUCUUCUAAAACGGCGGAUAUCAGAACUACUAGUGACGUGAAGUUGGUAAGUCGUACGACGUUUACGAGCAAAUAUUUGGAAAAGCAGGAGUUGGAGGAGAAGGAACGACUGGAAAAGUCACGUCGAGUAUUGGAUUUGGGCAAUAGUGACAAUGAUGAGGACGAGGAUCCUCUAGAGGGGAAGCGUGCUCACGCGUGGGUCCUCAUUCGCGCUGGUAAGCGUGAAGUAUCGGAGCAUUUUUACCUCGAGCCUUCUACUGGACGAAGCUAUUCGCUGAAAGACUCGCCCUACACCUGCAUCGAGAGUGCCUGGAACCAUGAAAACUACUGGGUCAACAUGCAGCAGCAACCGGUGCAUCUUACUCUGUUCGAUUUGUCCAAUCCAACCGACUGGGAGUACGUUUUCCUGUCUGCUGCAGAGCGGAAGUCGGCGAAAGAAGCUGAUCAAGGUGCAAAAGGGGGUGUCGAUCUCUCUGACGAUCUCAAGAUGUUGAGUACCGAAGGUGACGAUCAGCAUGGCGAAGAUGCUGCAGACGACGACUUAAUCCUCGAUAUUCCUCCGUCGUGGGUGACCAAGCUUCACAUUGACCGUGCAACAUACAAGAAACGGUUUGUUAAGGAUUGCCAGCAUGUCACGCUCUACCAUCGCGCUAAAGUGGAAGAAUUCGCUGAGAAUACCCACGAGCAGGGCUUGAUCGCACGUGUUACGCUUUUCCGUGACGUUGGUUGCACUUUACCCAUCGAAAUUCGCGAAUACUUCAAGAACAGGAAGGACCGACUCGAGUCUCGUAUCCGUUUUCCAUUUGAAGGCAAAUUUGAAGAGCGCUUCACACCAGGGAGAAUCCCAGAGGCGCUGAAAUCACGCACCGAAUGGAUCGGAUAUCGCCGCGAGUUUCAAUUCUACACGAGUGCCCGGCCUGAUGGUCUAGUGAAACGCGAAGAGGAGAUUCAAAAGCGAGUUUUAGAGCACUUCGAUGGACGUGACGACUUCCUCAUUUUCCGGUCCGUGACACUCGCUACAGACAAGGACGAAGUGGACGCGAAGAAUCCCUACAUUUUGCCUGGGGGCCCUGGAGGUGAACUUGCCAUCAAGAAGAUGAAGGAGAAAUUUGCACGAAAUCCAGCGCUUGAAGCUGAUGAAGAUCAGCGCAAACGAGCGUAUAAUGUUCACGAAGGAUCUAUUCGAGUUUACUUCCAUUAUGCCACAGGUAAAAUCACAGCGGGGUCACGUGUGUAUUUCAAAGCUCCCAAUGUCCCGGUCGAGGUCGUGAUGGCCGAUCCAAACGCGAAAAAGCCAAAGCUUUCCGUGCUUGAAAACGAACUCCGAGCGUCUCUGCAGAUGGAGAAAGAUUGCUACAGUGCAGUUCGCCACUCUGAUAUUGAGACUCAAGAUAUUCUAAAAAUCCGAAAGCGAGAGGAAAUGGCAAUUGCGUUGGAAACGAGCUUCUUCGACAGCAACGAGGACGAGGCACAAGCCAAUGACAAAGAAUACGCCAAGGAGCUCGACAAGAACGCAAAGAGCGAGGUGGACUAUCUCAGUCCAUUCCUGCAGAGCGUUCACUCAACGGGAGGAAACCUGUCAAAGGAAGACGCCCAAACUGUGCGCGACCUUUGCCUACGCAACUUGAAGGAGCGUCUGCUUGAGCGCGCUAAUAUAAUCCAAGGGCGUCUGGACAAGGAGAACACACUGCUAGCCAAGCGCCAAGCUGCAUUCCAGCGUAGCCAGCGCGAGCACGAUCAGGGUACAGAUGACGAGUUUGAGCGCUUCUGUAGUGAGACCAUGUUCCGCAUUCAGAUCCUGGAGCAGCGACUGGCUAGCCAUGAGGAGACUGCAUUGCACAAAUACGCCGAGAUGGACAAGCGUCUGCACAGCGACCCGCGUCUGCGUGUGCUGCAUCGAUAGACGAGACUGUUGGAGUAGUUCCUUGUCGAUUUAUUCGCGUUACACGUGGAGACAGAGUGGCAGGGACGUCAAUACACUAUCAAAGAUACCUAACACAGCCCUUUCACGCUCCUUGUGAACGCUCAGACCGACUCCCAACGGGCGUGGAGGCAGUAGACACUUAGUAGUCCUCGUCUCCGCCGAACAUGUCCAUGCCACCGCCCAUGUCGACUUCCUCCUCCUCUUCAACGGCCUUCUCCUCCGUC